AUGGGCAACUGGGCAACUUCUACUCUGCACAGUUUUUGAUAAAUCUCCCCCUAUGUGAUGGUAAUGUUUGUGGUCCCCUGAGGAAGUCAUUGGAAAUGUGCGCUAUGGGGAUUUGCUCCUGCUCUGGACUGUUCCUGACACGGACAGAGGUGGCAGCAGAGAGCACUGUGUCAGACUGGAAAGAACAACACAACUUCCCGUGGAGCAUACAGCAGCUGGAAGGAAUCGUCUUAACAGUGACUGAAAAGCACCAACAUCAGAAUUGGAAAGGAGCGUUUGGACGCAGGUUUACGCAAAUCACAGAGCUACUUAUUGCUCAGUCCAGCCUCUGUGUGAUCAUUUUUCCGGAAAAGGAGGAACAGAAGUAUUCCUCCAUCAGCUUGGCAGUAUAGUUUCCUGCCUUCAUUACAUAAAGAAUCCCAUUCAGAAGUCUCGCCAGGAGUCGGUCAUUACUAUUACCUGCCAUUUAUGGAGAGGAUUAGGCUAAAGCUUUCACAAAAUGCUUUAUGGACUCAUCUUGUCCUGUGCAUCUUCACCCAAAUAAUAUCUGGUUCAACUGAUUUUUCCCAGAGAGCACGAAAUCUCAUGGAGACAAACCCACUAAUCGAUGGACACAAUGACCUUCCACUGCAACUCAGAAGGCUCUACAAAAACAGGCUAUCAGAAAUUGAUUUGCGGACUAUUAAUACCACAAGAACCAAUUUGCAUAAGCUAAAAAUUGGCCAUGUUGGAGCUCAGUUCUGGUCAGCGUACGUUUUGUGCAGCGCUCAAGAUAAAGAUGCGGUAAGGCUGGCCUUGGAACAAAUUGAUGUUAUCAAAAGAAUGUGUAAAGAUUAUGAAGAACUGGAGCUUGUUACUUCAUCCCAAGGUAUUGAAAGCACAAAAAAGAUUGCCUGUCUAAUUGGGUUAGAAGGAGGACACAUUAUAGACAGCAGCCUGGGUGCCCUGAGGAUGUUCUAUGACCUUGGUGCCAGAUAUAUGUCCCUAACCCACACAUGCAAUACUCCAUGGGCAGAAACAUCUGGUGGAGGUCAACACAAAUUCUACCAAGGAAGGAAAAGCCUGACCGAUUUUGGUGCAGAAGUUGUAAGAGAAAUGAACAGAAUAGGUAUGAUCAUUGACCUGUCUCAUACCUCAUCCAACACUUCUCGAGCAGUCCUAGCAAUAUCUAAAGCACCAGUUAUAUUUAGUCACUCUGCAGUCUUUGCUCUAUGUGGGAUAGAGCGCAAUGUUCCUGAUGACAUUUUGCUUGGCAUUAAAAAGAAUAAAGGAAUAGUGAUGGUGAAUUUUCAUAAGGAUUUUAUUGCUUGCAGGAAACCAGCAAACAUAUCUACAUUAGCAGACCAUUUUGACUACAUAAAGAACCUAACAGGACCUGAAUAUAUUGGAAUUGGAGGAGAUUAUGAUGGGGUAAAUGGGUUUCCUGAAGGUCUUGAGGAUGUAUCUAAAUACCCACUGCUGAUUCAGGAGCUGCUGAGACGAGGAUGGCAAGAUCAAGAAAUUAAAGGCAUUUUGAGGGAAAAUUUCUUGAGAGUCUUUAGACAAGUGGAGAAAGUUAGAGAGGAUCUGCAAAACUUGAAAGCCUCUGAAGUAGAAAUUCCAGAAGAUGAGCUAGAUUAUUCAUGCCGUUUAGAUCUGCGGAAAUAUGAACGACAAAGUAGAAAUGCAUCUGGCUAUCAUGAAAGUAACAGAAAGAUCGGUUGAGGAUAACGGAGCACCCCUGAAUGGAGCCGAAGGCUGAUGAGCACUUAGCCUUUCAGGUCUUGGAGCAAUGGUUGUAAUUGUGUCUGUUGCCUUUAUACCCUAAAUAUUUGGUUUGUUUUGGAUUAAAGUUAAGAAAAAAAAUUAAUUAAAAACACAAAUAUCUGUUUGAUAUCUGAUAUGCUUCUUAAAAACUACUUACACAUUAACAACACCCAAAUGUAGCAACAAAAGUAAUUGUGUCAAAUGUACAAACCUAAGGGACAAAGCUGUCCCAUGUUUAGGCGGCAUAACACUCAUAUGCAAAAUAAAGUAAAAU